GAAACCCUAGCCCUUGUCCGUCGAUCCUUCCCUCAUUUCUGUUUCCCAAAACCCUAACCCUAGCAAAGAGGAGCCGCCAUGCCGCCCAAGUUCGAUCCGUCGCAGGUCGUCGACGUCUACGUCCGCGUCACCGGCGGUGAGGUCGGCGCGGCGAGCUCCCUGGCCCCUAAGAUCGGUCCCCUGGGUCUCUCCCCCAAGAAGGUCGGUGAGGACAUCGCCAAGGAGACGGCCAAGGAUUGGAAGGGCCUCCGCGUCACCGUCAAGCUCACCGUCCAGAACCGCCAGGCCAAGGUGUCGGUGGUGCCCUCCGCCGCCGCCCUGGUGAUCAAGGCCCUCAAGGAGCCGGAGCGCGACCGCAAGAAGACUAAGAACAUCAAGCACAACGGCAACAUCUCCCUCGACGACGUGAUCGAGAUCGCCCGGGUGAUGCGGCCGAGAUCCAUGGCCAAGGACCUUGCCGGCACCGUCAAGGAAAUACUGGGCACCUGCGUCUCCGUCGGCUGCACCGUCGACGGCAAGGACCCCAAGGACCUCCAGCAGGAGAUCACCGAUGGCGACGUCGAGAUCCCCUCCGAGUGAAAAACGGCCUCGCCUGAGCGUCGCUAGGGUUCGUCAUUUCGUCUGCUCUGUCUUAAUUUGCCCGCUAUAUUUCGAUCAUCGGAAUUCUUUCUUUUUGUUUGAAGGGUUUUUGAUAUCUAUCUCGAGCAAUGUGAACUGGAAGGUAAGGUUAUAAUUGCUUGGUUUCUAGAUUGAAGAACUUCUCUCGUUUGAUAUGAAUUCUUUGCUGCCUUGGAUUGUUGGUUUGGA